AUGGCGUCUACACGAGGCCAGAUGGCAGAUCAAGAAGCUCCUGGUUGGCGGGAAAAGGCAGGCGCUUUCAUUUCCACUUCCUCUUUCAAGCUGAAAGCAGCGGGAUCAGCCGUCGCAGGCGCUGCCGGCGAGGCAGGAGCCAAGGUGAAAACCUCAUGGCAGCAGAACGUACAGCCGAAAGUCGCAGAGGCGGCGACGCGCGCGGCCGUCGCCGCGGAGGGAGCGAAAUCGCGAAUGCAUACCACGUGGGAGUCGACCAAGGAGAGCUGGAACACCAAGGUGCUUCCGAGAAUGGAGGCCGGGCUGGAAACCACGGCUCGCGUGGCGGCUGACACGGGGUCGAUGCUGAAGCAGGGGCUCAUGGAGACUACGGAGAAAGUCAAGGCCAGUCGCGUCGGUCAACAGCUCACCGAGCUCACGGCGAAUGGCAUGGAGAGAAGCAAGGGGCUUCUCCAGAAGGUGGACUGGCGGAGGGGCCGGCCCGGAGCUCCAGUGUUUGGUACGCCCUUAGAUGCAUUCGCGAGCAGGCAGAGAGGCACAGCCGUGCCCUUCGUGGUCAUCCAGUGCUGCAACUUCAUCCUGCAAAACGGCUUGGUUACGGAGUACUUGUUCGAGUCGGAGAACGAUUCGCAUGUGGUCAAAAGACUCAUGCACAUGUUCGAUACUGACCCCAAUGCGGACAUCCCGCCAGACACCAGUCCGCUAGACGUGGGGCAGCUGCUGCUGGUGUACCUCAAGUGCCUCCCCGAGCCCCUCAUGACCUUCGCCCUCUUCCCUGGGGUCGCCACGGUCGGCAGCAGCGACGUCACGCAGCUCAGGCGCCUGCUGCACACACUACCUGCAGUUAACCUGGAAACGCUGCAUGCUGUGCUGUGCCUGCUGUACCGAGUUAGCUUGCACGCUGAUGUGAACAAGAUGGACGCUCAAAGCCUAGCAGCCGAAUUCGCCCCUGUCCUGCUCUGGCCGCGACCAGAGGGUAGUGCUGCCUCUGCCUCUGCUGGUGGUGGUGGUGCUGCUGCUGGUGGUGAUGGUGUGGGUGGUGCGGAUGGUAUGGCGAGUCCUGCUAUGAGGAGAGCACAGAGUGAGAAGGGAAUGAGGGUGGGGGAUGGAGUGAGUGCUGCUGCUGCUGCUGCAACUGCUGCUGAUGGGCCGGCAGUUGUCAAGGCAAACGGAGAAUCGUCUGUUCCUGAGAUCCCUUUGGAAGAGGAGCCAACACAAGCACAAACAGCAAUAGUGGAGGCUAUCAUGAGAUAUUUUGGACCUUUCAUCGACACGUAUCAUGCGUUUGUAUCUCUUUCUUUUCCAUCACAUUCUCAUCCCCUGUUUCACACGCUGUUCGUUGCCUUGCGUGCACACAAACGGACGCUGGUGGAUCCACGUGGCGUCAGAGCAGUGGCUGAUGCGCCCAGCAUUCCUCUCUCAUUGGCCUACGACCUCUGGUCAGAUCGCGAGCUAGUCCCCAACUGGAUGCCAUGGAUCACCUCGGUUAAGGUACUCCAAGAGACCCCGGAGUUCUCUGAGUGGACCCUCAAAUACACUGCAUUUGGACGCGAUCUGGAGUUCUCGUGGCUCUCCAAGCAACUCACUCCCAUUGCGAAUCAGAAAAUUCAGUGGCGCUCAGUGGAUGGGGUCCCUAAUAGAGGAGCCGUGAGGUUCUUUCCCCGAGGGACCAAUGGCUGCAAGGUGGAGAUGACUCUGACCUACCAGUGCCCUGACAUUCUUGUCCCUGUUCUGGCGAGCCUAAACCCUUUAGUGGAGAGCAUUAUUCAGGCAGAUAUGGACCGUUUUGUGGAGUAUGCCGCUAAGUUUAUAGGUUCCCUCUUUAUUUCUUGGAGUCGAAUCCCUAACUCUCAAGGCACCAUGUCGGGUGGCUUAGAAGCCGCCGCCGCCGAAAGCGGCGGCAACGCCACGUCGGACGGCUCCGCGAAGAACACGGCCGCGAAUGGCGCAGCAGCAGUCAUGACAGACGCGAUAGCCGGCGCGAAAGACGCGGGCGGGGAGGCGCUCAAGUGGCGCAUCGACGUGGAGGAUUACGAGUCGGAAGACGGCAGCAGCGUCGUCGGUAGCGUGCUCGAGAGCCUGCCGGCCAGCAUCCCGGAAUAUCCGCCGGGAGGUGCGCAGGAGGGGGAGGAGGACGAUGACGACAAGAACGACAACGAAAUUUCGUUCAUUGGCGGCUUGCGCCCUCCCGUUGUCGGCUCCGCGGGUCUCGCGUCGAAGAAUCCCGUCCUGAUGGAACGGAGCGCGACCGCCGCCAAGCCCGCGACCCCCGCGCCCGCAACAGCAGCUGCGCCGGAGCCGCUAGGCAUGGCGCGCACGCAGUCCAUGGCUCCGCCCGCCGCGCCCAGCAUGGUUACCGCGGAAGACUUGAGCUCCGCGCAGGCGGAAGUUGGACGGCUGUUCGCGGCACUGAAAGAGGCGCGCGGAAGGCGCGCGGACGCGCCGGCGGAGCAGGAGAUCAAGGCGGCGGAGGUCGCGCGGCUGCAGGCCGAACUGAAGGACGCGCGCGCGAAGGUUGCGCGGAUAGACGCUGCGCGCCCGAAGCAACCCGCGCCCGCGCCCGCCGGCAGUAAGGUUAGAGCGCCAGCGGCGGCGGUGGCGGGGGCGGGAGUGGCGGGCGCUGGGGGAAUGGGGAUGGCGCGAAGCAUGUCGGAAAUGCCGCCGCGCGCCAGCCUGAUGACGUCACCCGCACAUCCCGCGGCAGGGGUACCUGCCGCAGCGCCAGCUACCACCUCCCCCGUACAUCCUUCCGCCACCCCCUUGCGCCCCGCCACCGCCGGCUCCCGCGGAGCGGCGCUUUCCGCGAGCCAGCCGGGGGAGAUCCGCCGGACGGUGUCGUUUGCGCCUGCGCCCACCGCGCCAAGCGCUGGUGGCGGAAGCCCCCCCGUUGCACUGCAGCAAGCCGCGUCGCUACAGUCCCGCCCGAGCCCCGCCCCCGCCGCACCCGCGCGGCCUGCUUACGUGCCGCCUCCGUCUUCUGCCAUGAUUGCUCCUCCCGCCGCCGCCACCGCCGCUGCCGCCGCCGUACGCGUUGUUGGGUACGAUAAGGAGGAGGAUAAGGACGACUCGCUGUCUGGCAUUGGAUGGGCGUCGCAAACACGUGGCAGCCUCGUGUCGUCCGACGACAUCCCGUCGCACGCGUCGCACGCGGCGUCGCAGGCGACUCCUCCCCCAGGAGGGGCUGCUGGCGCAAUCGGUUCCCCCUGGCGCACGCAAAGCUCCCCUUACCGCUUCUACAAGCCCCCCGGUGAAGGCGCAGGCGCAACCCCUGGCGGAAGCGGUGGGUACGGCGGAAGCUCCGCCGCCUAUGGCGGAGGCGCGGUACGCAGAUCGGCGUACGCUGAGUCGGAUAUGGGCGACGCUGUUUCGAUCGCGUCGAGCCAGAUUGCGUGGCGCUCCCAGUCCUCCGACCCGCGCCGGCAGCACCCGAGCCUGAGCCGCAGGCUCGGGAACCUCCCGGGGCUGGCGGCGGAGGGCGCGAUGGUGCCGGACGUGGCGGCGACGAUCGCAGCGGGGAACGCGGCGGGAGGCGCGGCGGAUAACAGCGACGCGCAGUCGGUGGCGGCUUCGGAGGUCUCGAUUCAGCCCGGCCCGAACAACGCGCUGAUGCUCGUCCCAACGGUCAAACCCGCCCCGCCGCCGCAACCGGCGCCGCCGAAGCCGGCGGGGAACGCGGAGGGGUCGAUCGACCUGCAGGUGUUCAGCAAGCUGCUGGCGGAGACGCGCACGGAGAGCGACGCGAUUGCGAAGCUGAAGCAGCAGAACAAGCUGCUGCAGAGCUGGUACGCGGAGGCGAAGGCGUGGGCGGACGAGAAGAGUCUGCGCGCGUGGGAGGCGACGUCGAUGGCAGACGACGCGGAGGAUGUUGCGGCCGUGAAGCACCGCAUGCUGAAGGAGCUCGACGGGAAGCUCGGCGCGCUUAAAGAACGGCUCGCUGGAAUGACGAUGCUGGAGCAGGAGAACCGCGUGUUGCGGCAGCGCAUACAGGCCAUGGCGUCCGUGAAGGGUCCCACCCAGCUGCUGGAUCAGCUCAAGAACGCGCCCAAGAUCGACGUGAAUGCGCUGCGGUCCAGGGGUCAGGAUAUGGACGCGCUAGCGCGGUGGAUCAACGAGAUGAAGGAGGAGGGCGGGCAGGUGGAGCGACUCAAGAAGCUCAACAAGCUGCUGCAGGGUUGGUACGCCGAUGCCAACUCGCGCGCGGAAGACGCGCUUCAGCGCGAGAAGGAGGAGUUUAUCCGCGCCAAGGCGGCGGAAGAGCUGGCGGCUGCGGGCGACCUGCUGAUUCUCGAAAUGGAGGCGAAGUUCAGCGAAAUGCGCAUGAAGCUGGCGGCCCGUCAGAUGCUGGAGCAGGAGAACAGGGAGCUGCACCAGAAGAUCGUGGCGCUCUCAGCGGGCAAGGCGGGCAGCAUGUCGGUGCACAAGCAGGAGGAAAUGCUGAUGGAGUGUGUCCGACAAAAUCUAGGCUUCAGCCGUGGGCGGCCGGUGAUGGCGUGUAUGGUGUACAAGGCGAUGGUGCACUGGAGCAUGAUCGAGGUGGAACGGAUGAACACGUUUGACAAGCUCAUGGAGCACAUGCAGGCCGUGUGCAAGGCCGAUAACAAUGACCUGCGGUGCUACUGGCUGUCGAACACUGUUCACCUGCACUUCCUGAACACCCGUGGACCGAGCCGCAUGGAUAACACGGUCGCGAAGUCACAGCUGGGAGUGCAGAUUGAGAAGCUGUACGUGGUGACGCGCGACGCCAUGAAGCAUCGCAUCUCACUGCUGCUCAACGACCUGCUGCAGCCGCCUCCUGUGAAUGUGGAGGAGCCAGGCUACGACUUCCCCGACUCUGGCUCGGCAGUCAGCGGCUCAUCGACGGUCUCUGUGCACAAGCUGGUGCCGACGCCUGGAAACGUGCGGCGGCAGAUGACCAUGUUCUGGGAGGGGCUGAUGGGGGCUUUAAGGUGCUUCGUGGACGAGUGCCGCGGGAACUACGUGCCGCCGCUGCUGGUGCGCGAGUUCAUGUCGCAGCUGCUGCAAUACGUGGAUGUCAAGCUGUUCAACAGCGUCAUGAUGCACUGCCCGUGGGUGCCGUGCACGUUCACGAACGGCGAAACGAUGGAGGCGGGGAUGAGCGAUUUGGAGGAUUGGCUGGGGAAUGUGGACGAAUGGCUGGACGCCACGCUGGUGGACACCAUCAGCCUCACAUCUUCGCUCAUCGAGAACAUCAAGCACAUUCGCCAAACCGUUGGGUUCCUGCUGGACGAGAACAAGCCCGGCCGCAAGCUGCAGCACAUUCAGCGCAUGUGCCCCGACCUGAGUGUGACCCAGCUGGCGCACAUCUGCACAUGGUUCGAGGACGACAAGGACGGGUCGCCGGGGGUGGACCCUGCUGUGAUCGAGCAAAUGUGGGCGCUGAUGACAGAGGACGCUCCUUUCUUGCUCAAGGAGGACAAGAGCUGCCCGUUCCAAGCGGACGAGGUGUCGCGCUCCAUGAAGGAGUUUGUGCUGGACGACAUCGAUCCGCCUGCAGCGCUGCGCAACGAGCCGGCUUUCUACUUCCUCAUCCCCGCGCAGCAGCGGCAGCAGGAGCAGCUGCAGGCUGCUGGGCUCGUUGCUGCUGGCGGUUCCAGUGUUGCUGGUGGAACUAUGGCGUCCGUGACGUCUCUCCCUGCAGCUCUAACCGUCGCUGCUGGCGUGUCUGCUUCGCUCCCCGCCUCCUCCUUCUCGCACACUCCCACCCCCUCAUCGUCGACUCGCAUUGCCUCGCUAAAAUGCCGAGCCGAGAGGCAAAAGGAUGAUGUUACUUCUCAACCCGCUGACGUGGCAAAGUUGCUCGGCACAGCCGCGGUGACCUUAUCCGCCACGGCAGCGCUUUUCUGCGGCUCCGUCGACCCCGCAUUCGCCGACGUGGAAUUAAAGACGUACUACGGCACAGCUGCUAGCGCGUCGUCCUAUGGCGGGUACGGCGGGAACGUGAGCAAGAAGGCGACGGCGGAGUACAUUUACGGUGUUCCCGAGGAUUGGAAGGAGCGCACGAUCUCCAAGGUGGAGAAGGGUACCAAUGGAACGGACAGCGAAUUCUUCUGGCCGAAGAAUCGCAACGUGAAGACUUACGUCACCUUCCUUGCAG